UUACUGAACUUUAAAGGUUGUUUACACUGUGUUUGUGAUUCAUUCCAGUAUUAAGAAGGUAAUUUUAUAGUUUUCUGUAUACAGAAUACCCAAGAAAUUUUUUAUCUAGAGAAAAUAGAAUUAUUGUUUUUAUAAAACAGUCAUACAAAAAAUAAUUAAUUUAAGUUUAGAAAAGAAUUAUAGUUAAAUCUGAAACAUCACCCAAAACUAAUCUGAUUAAGUUUCUUGUGGCAUGGAUUAGAACAGAAGAAUGCAGUUUUAAAAAUUCAAUUUAUAAAUGUAUUAUAUAAUAAUUGUAAAAAGUGAUUAUUACUUUUUGAUUUUAUAAGAACAAUCUUAAUAAUUGCUAAAUCUAUUGUAGCUAUGAGACCUCCCGUUCCGAGUCCUCCUCGCAUGUUUCCACCAGUUACUUUAGCACCAGCACCACAGCCCACUAUACCUACACCAUAUAUAGCACCCAGUAAUGGUAUUGUAAAUUAUGGUCCUCCUCCAGCUGGAUAUCCACAGUACACAUUUCCUCAGUUUGCUACUGCACCUCCACCUCCAUCUCCAGUUACAACACCACCAGAAGUUUACAGAGGUGGGAUAAUGUAUUAUAGCAUGCAUACCCAACAGCAUGCUACUCGUACACCACCUCAGAAAAGACCAACUGCAGCAAUACCAAUAGUUCCACCUCCAGAGAGAGAACAAACAUCAUUAGAAAAAAUUGAAGUUAACAGCCCUAAUUCAGAAGAAUUAAAAGAAAUGGUUGAAAAUUCUACAGAAAUUGAAACACUGUCAGAAGAAACAUCACAGUUAUCUAAGCCCACAGUAGAGGUGGAAAGUUAAAUAUUCAUGUGUAUAUGUAUGUAUGUAUGUGUGUGUAUGUGUGUAUGCAUAUGGAACUAUAUCAAAUUGCAAAAAGUUGAUGUAGUGUAAAUUUUGAUUACUUCAAUCUUUUCAAAUAAAUUAUCCACUGCCUUCUGUUUUACAUAUUUCUUUUGUAGCAAGAAAGAAAUAGUGGAUUGUUCGAUUUUAAUAUGGUAAAUAAUUACAAAGCAAUUUAAUUGAACUUAUUGCAUUUUGUAUUCGUUUCCGAAUUGCGUACAAAGCUGGAGUAAGCUGUUUCUGAAUGCAGUCUUCCAGCUUAUAUUCAAGAAUAUUUUUUAAUUUUUCUCUAAUCUGUGAGCUAUGAUGACAUGUAAAAUAAUUAAAACAUGUUACUUCUGUAAAAUAUUCCUUAAUAUUAGUAAAAAUGUGUGUAAGUAAAC